AUGCGGGAUCUGCGUCCAUCUCCGUCUUCGACUCCGACCACUUCCUCGGCAUCAUUUACGAUCGGCGAAAAGUAUCGUCUGCUAAAAACCGGUGAGAAGUUUGCGGAGAGAGCAAUAUUUUCGGCCUUACUGGGGAAAUCAUGUCCGAUAUGUCUGGAAAAUCUAAAAGACCGACGAGCCGCCGUAAUCACGGCGUGCAAGCACGGAUACUGCCUUGCUUGUAUCCGGAAGUGGAGCGGCUUCAAGAGGACCUGCCCUCUCUGCAACACUCGUUUUGAUUCCUGGUUUAUCGUCAGUGAUCCAGCUUCUAGAAAAUAUUCCAAGGAGCAAUUGCCGGUUCUUCGUGAUCGUGAGACAUUAACUUAUCAUCGCCGGAGUAAUCCUUCCGGUCGCCGGAGGAUAAUUCGAAGGACAAGGGAUGAUUUUGAAAACUCUAGCUCAAGAUCAAGGCCAUUGCCAUGGCGGAGAUCAUUUGGACGACCAGGUUCAGUUCCCGAUCAUAUCAUCUUCGAGCGAAAGCUUCGGUGGCGAGCUAGCAUAUACGAUAGGCAAUCACGAGCUGUUCGUUCACAUUCGAGGCCAAGCUUGGAACUAGUGAACGAUCACGCCAAAGCAAAUCUGAUUGAAAGAAUUGAGCCAUGGAUUAGAAGAGAGCUUCAGGCAGUACUUGGAGAUCCUGAUCCUUCAAUCAUUGUUCAUGUUGCGUCAGCUCUUUUCAUCAAAAGGCUUGCGAGAGAGAGUAAUCAACAAUCUGUGCAGACGGGGAUGUUGGCGGAAGACGAAGGUUCUUCUCUCAGAAAAUUCUUGUAUGAUAAGGAGGAUGUAUUUUGGCAUGAACUAAGAUGUUUCGCUGAGAGUAGUCUCACGAUGGAGACGUAUGAUGCAGUGGUUGAAUACAAUGAGGUGGAGUAA